CGUUGACGACGGCUGUGUUGUUGGAGGAGAGUGGGAUUUCGAUCUUUCUUUCUCUCACUACUCUUACGUCUCGAUAUUCGCAUCUUCCAUCCUGUUUACGACGUUUACGAGGUUAUAGGCUUGAGCAGUACAGCAUCGAAGGACGGGCGCAUAAGUUACGUAUUGGACCCUGCGACGCACGAUAAGAGAGUGGAGAGGAAACGUAGCGCAUCUCUGCCUUGGGCCCGCACCUCCCACAGCAGCAGCAUUUGUCGCGCGAAUUCUUGAGAUCGAGAAAGAGAAAGCGCAUUCACUGUACGGAGGUUACAGGCUUCGCCACCUGUGCGCAUAUCUAUCUACAACCGGAACGGGAAAGUCACCACACAAACAGAAGAUGUCGCCGGCGCCCCCUUCGACGGGGUCGUCUACGGGGAAUUCUCCGGAUACGCAGUAUCGCGUGGUGAGGAAGAGGAAUAGGGUCCCAUUGUCAUGUGCGCCGUGUAGGCAUAAGAAACUAAAAUGCAGCCGCUCAAUCCCAUGUGAGAACUGCAUCCGCCGCGGUGACGCCGCCGGUUGCGCCUACGCGGCCCCAGGCCCGCGUCGCAAAGCCGCUCCCCUCGGCUCUUCACCCGACGAUAUGCAGAAUCGCAUCGACCGGCUCGAAGGGCUCGUUCUGUCCUUGAUGACGAACGGCUCGACUGCACCAGGACCGACAGCAGCGGUGGCGGCGGAGAGGAGCGGGAGUACCAGUACGAGUACGGCGGUGGAUGAUGGGGAAAUGGAGAAGAUUAAGGAAGAGGAAGAGUACGGAGAGGGGGACGAAGGGGGAGAGAGUGAUGUGGAUGCAGUGGCAAAUUCGUUUGGGGUGUUAAAAGUUGAUGCGGAGACGGAGAAGACGAUGUAUAUUGGAGAUUCGCAUUGGCACCUUGUGUUAUCUGAUAUCGCGGAAGUUCGCAAUUACUUCACCAACCAUAAACGCGAGCUCGAUAACCAGUACAAAAAAGUCAAUGAAACGAGCGCCGCGAGCCAGAUGCCGGAUUUCCUAUUCCAAGGGCUGGCACCCGCGACGGAGAUAGAGCUGCGCGCGGGCCUGCCGCCUCGCGCAAAGGUCGAGAAACUCGUUGCGCGCUUCUUCAACUCGCUCGAUCCGUUCGUGCAAAUGCUGCACCACAAGACGUUCUAUGAGCGGCUCGAGGCGUUUUUCGCGGACCCGAAGAGCCAGAGUUUGGCGUGGGUGGGUCUGCUCUACGCGACGCUGACGCUGGCAAUGCUGAGUUAUAGUAAGGUUGGGGAUGAGCCGCCGGAGUGGAAGGGGCGGACGAAUGAGCUCGCGGCGCAGUAUCGGGGAAGAACGGUCCAGUCGCUGGCGACGUGUGAUUAUACAAGGCCGAACGUGUAUACGGUCGAGACGCUUGUUCUAUAUGUACAUGCGGAGUACAGUAGUAGACUUGAUGUCGAUUUCGGGCUGUAUCUCGUUGUGGGCACAGUCGUCCAGGUUGCGAUGAGAAUGGGCUACCACCGCGACGCCUCACAAUUCACCAGCGUCUCCCCCUACGAAGCCGAGAUGCGGCGCCGUGUGUGGCUCAUAGUCCGCCAAAUUGACAUCAUCUUCUCCGCACAACUUACCCUCCCCAACAUUAUCAAGUCCUGCGACUGCGACACCCAACUCCCGCGCAACAUCUUCGACGACGAAUUCAGCACCACUUCCACCUCUCUCCCCCCUUCCCGCCCCCCCACUGAAGCAACCCCCAUGUCCUCCAUCCUCGCCAAGGGCCGCCUCGUCCUCUUGCUAGGAGCCAUAAUCGAAGAAACACAAUCCAUCUCCGGCCCCCAAGCCUCCUACGACACAACCAUGAAAUGGGACGUCCGCAUCCGCUCUGCGCGCAUGACCAUGGAACCACACCUCCGCUUCCGACCCCUCGAAGUCUCGGCUCUAGACCCCUCCUCGCUCAUCCUCCAGCGCUUCUACAUCGAAGUCCUCCACCAGAAAACCAUCUGCGUCCUCCACCGCCGCUUCAUCGCGCGCGCUCGCACGAAUCCGCGGUACGCGUACUCGCGCCGCGCGUCCGUAGAUGCCGCUAUGGCACUCCUCCGUAUCCAAGCUACGCUGCACCAUGAGGCGCAACCAGGCGGCCGGAUCAGCGAGGUGAUGUGGCGGCUGACUGCGUUACAAAAGCACGAUUUCCUCCUCGGCGCCAUGAUCGUCUCCCUCGAUCUCAACCACGACCGCGGUGGCGGCUCCUACACCUUCUGGACCGCCGAGCAACGCGCCGACAUGUUAUCAUCCCUCGAAACCGCGCUGGCGAUCUGGGAGGGCGACCAGGCGACUAGUAUGGAAGCGUACAAGGGCGCCAAGGUUCUGCGGAUUAUGGUUGAUAAGCUCAAGGCGCAGCAGAGUGAGGUGAACCAGGAGGUGGAUGAGGAGAUGCACCCGGAGCACUCGGCGGCGAUGACGCUGGGGAUGCUGUCGAGUGGGGGGGUGGCGGCGCCGCCGGCGUUCGUGGCGUCGAGUCCGGGGAUGUGGGGGGAGGGGUAUGGAGGGCCUAUGGAGGGGGUGGCGGGGGGGAGUUGGGUCAGUAUUGGGGGGUUGGGGGGGGUGCGAGUUUGACCGAUUUGCCUGAUAAUUUGGACUGGGCCGCUUGGGACCAAUACGUCCAGAUGGGCAGCGCUGUCGACCCUAACCCGCCGUACUUUCCGGGAGUGUAUGAUGCCAAUGCGCUGGAGAUGCAGAUGGAUCCCGCGUCCGGGACGGGCUUCGGCGACGGCUUCUUCAUGGGGGCGCAUACCCCCGGUAGAGGGUAAGGGGCCUAUCCUCACCGUUCACACUUUGCAAGUUCUCAGCUGGGGAGCGGGGAUUUAUAUUGAAGAGGCGCUGGAUAGAUGGAUCGAAUGGGAUGAGAUAGGGAUGUAGACAAGCAGGGAGCCGGACAUACCAGAUUCCCUCUUGGUUCCCUGAUGAGAUGACCGGUGUGCGCGGUCUUACGGCGUUUAUUGGGUCUGCUGGCACGGCUGGAUGGGGUGUGUGUAUUACUACAAAACGAAAGGAUUGGGAGGGGGGUUUCUCUACACUUGGGCGGGUAUAUGGGAAACGGGAUUCAGCUGAGCAUGGGAUAUUUACUGGGAUGAAGAGUGGCUAGGAU